GGAGAAUGGACAUUUUGAUGAUAUUGACUCUUCCAAUCCAUGAGCAUGGAAGAUUUUUCCAUUUCUUGGUAUCCUCUUCUAUUUCUUUCUUUAAGGUUUUGUAAUUUUCAUCGUAGAGAUCUUUAACGUCCUUGGUUAAGUUUAUUCCAAGGUAUUUGAUUGUUUUUGUAGCUAUUGUGAAUGGGAUUGAUCUUAGAAGUUCUUCCUCAGCCAUGGAAUUGUCUGUGUAUACAAAGGCUGUUGAUUUUUGUGCAUUGAUUUUAUAUCCUGCUACUUUGCCAAACUCUUCUAUGAGUUCCAAUAGUCUCUUAGUAGAUUUUAUUGCCGUAAGGAAUGCUUUUUAUCCUGAAGUCAGCACUGGGGUCAUAGCCAAUGCCUUCCUUCUUCUCUUCCACGUCCUCUGGUUCUUUCUCAAGCACAGGCCCAGGCCCACCGACCUGACCAUUGGGCACCUGGCCCUCAUCCACCUGCUGAUGCUGAUCACUGUGGGGGUCAUAGCCACAGACAUUUUUGAGUCUCGGGAGUUAUGGGACGACAUCACAUGUAAAGCUGUCAUCUACUCAUACCAGGUGACACGGAGCCUCUCCCUGAGCACCACCUGCCUGCUGAGUGUCCUCCAGGCCAUCACCCUCAGCCCCAGGAGCUCCUGGUUGGCAAAGUUCAAGCACACAUCCUCCCAUCACAACAUGUGUGGGUUUCUCUUCCUAUGGGUCUUCAAUUUGUCCAUCAGUGCUCGUCUCUUAAUCUCUACUGUAGCCACCAAAAAUUGUACAUCCCACAGUCUUAUGUUUGUCACUAAAUCCUGCUCUCUUUGCCCCCUGAGCUACUUACCCAGGUACACAUUUUCCAUAUUGUGGAUCUUAAGGGAUGUCUCCCUUGUAGGGCUCAUGGCCCUCUCAAGUGGGUACAUGGUGACUCUCCUGUGCAGGCACAAGAGGCGGUCCCAGCACCUUCACAGCACGAGCUUCUCUGCAAGAGCCUCCCCAGAGCACAGGGCCACCCAGACCAUCCUGCUGCUCAUGGGUGUCUUUGUGCUCCUGUACUUGAUGGACUGCAUUGUGUUCUCAUUCUCAGGGUUGUGGUGGAAAAAUGACCCGGUUCACCUCUGUGUUCAGCUGUUGGUGAGCAAUGGCUAUGCCACAAUUGGUCCUUUGUUGCUCAUCAGUAGUGAAAAACGAAUGAUCAAGCUUUUCAAAUUCAUGUGGGAGAAGGAAAAUGUUUGUUUGUUCAGGAAUAAAUAACAUGUCUUUACCUGAGCAAAUACUUUGACUUCUAAAUGCAUAAUGAUUGCUUAUAGAAUGCACCAAGUUCACUGAAAUGUAGAUAUAGGGGAGAUUCAAGAUGGUGGAAUCGGGGAAGCUACAUUGUCCUCAGCCACAGAAAGGAUCCAGAAAAACAAAGGAAGGACCACAUUCUCAGGGGACUAAUUCAGAGAAAUUCAGUGUAGGACACCAAGAACAUAGAGCCUAUGG